AUGUAUGGUUACGUAGCUGAAAAAUACCAGCGCUGUCCUUGGCUACCGUUGGUACGCUGCAUCAUCUUCAUGGUCUCCAUCUGGGUGAGCACUGUUGCUAUGCUGGCACGCGUCUUUCAAGGCUUCGAGAACCCCAACGAUGGAGUGUUGUGCUGGGCCACGACCAUCAUGUACAUUUCUCUGUCAAUUUCUGUACUGAAUGCUUUUGUGCAGAGGAAGCGAGUCAUAGGCAUGAUUCGUGCGAUCCAUGAGGAUAUACAAAAGCUAAUGAAGGAGGCAGAUGAUCAGGAAUUGGUGCUUAUGUUGUCAACUCAGAAAUAUAUUCGGAUGACCACUUGGAUGUUAUGGUAUCCUGCGCUAUUGACUGGGAUCAUCGCGUUUAUGGACUCCUUAUACCGAACGGUUUUACUCACUCUAUCCGUAUUCAACAUAACCGAACGCCGGAAUGAACAACAGUACAUCUUCCUAUUAAAGGUCUAUCCUUUCGGAGAAGUGUAUAACAACUUUGUGUUCGGCUUAUUUGGCACCUGGUACGCUCUUGGGCUGGGAAUAAACGCUAUUCCCCUGUGGAAUUCUUUCAUCGUGUGCCUCAUUAAGUACGUGCACCUGAAGCUGCUUAUACUCAAAAAGCGGGUGACGGAGAUGGAAAUCACGCGCUUCAAUCCGCUCUUAGACCUGGAUCGCCUGACACCCGCUCAGCUGAACCGCUGGCGAAUGCGGCUCAUAAAAGAGUUCGUGAAAGAGCACCUGAAGAUAUGGAGAUUAGUCAAGGAGUUGGAGCAACUAAUCUGUUUGCCUGUCUUGAUAGACUUCAUUUUCUUCGCCGUUUCGAUCUGUUUUCAGCUAUAUGCCCUUAUUGUAGCCCAUGAUGAUUUGUGCUUCGCCUAUUAUUCAACACCCAGGAAUGAAUACGACCCUACAAUGAAACGAACGAUUCUCUUUAUGAUGAUGCAUGCCCAGAGUCCGUUGCGGAUUCGUGCCCUGAUGUUCCCAGUGGAUCUGAGAACCUUUUUAGACGUAGGGAGCCGUUGCAUCAAUUGCCCAUGA